AUGCAGUUUUUAGGCUCCAAUUUGGGCUAUUUGAGGACCUGUAUAGGUCGUAGAAGUGUAACGUAUUUACACAGCGGAAGUCGAGUCCGUGGGCUGAAGAGAGACCCCAGUGAGUAUUUGAGGCUUCCCAGCGGACUUUUAUAUACAGAAAUCGAACCUACAAGCUACCACGAUACCAUUCGGUCGCGUUUGAAUCUUCAGAAUCACGGUGUGACACUUUCUGACGACGUCAUUCUGCAAUGUCUAACACACAAGUCGUUUGCACACGGAGGCAAGCCUUACAAUGAGAAACUGGCAUUGUUGGGUGCUCACUACCUCAAGUAUCUGGCGUCGGUGUUCUCGUUGAAACUCCCGGCUCCAUUAUCACCCGUGUCAGCUGAAAAGACUCAAAAAUCAAUCAACGGUUUAAACUUCACGAACUUGGGUUCCCAGGGCUCAAAAUCACUUAUUUCUAAGAAUACAACUGCAGAAUUGAUCCGGAAAAGACAAUUAGACUCAUACGUAUUCUGGAAGAAAAGAGACCCACUUCAGACUGCGGCUUAUAAUGGCGAGUCCGCAGUUUACGCCAGUGUUCUGAAUGCAUUAGUAGGAGGCAUGUUGCUAACGAAUGGACCUGAGAAAACCAGUGAGUACAUACAAAAGGAGUUUUUGGACUCCUCUAAAGAAGCAUCGCUUGUGCGCGUCGCGUCCAGCUACGACGUAUGA